AUGAAGACAGUUAUUAUUAUUUUUGUUUUUUGUCUGAUAUUUUCAUAUGCAUCUGCACUAGAUUGCAGUUUAUGCGAGUUAGGUCCUGGUUUCAAUGAGAGAAAUGGUUAUAAUUGUGUCGAUUUGGGUGGUGAUAGCGUUUUAUGUACAUGUCCUGGUGGUGCAUAUGAACUUAAUGGACCUUGUCACACAACAGUUCCAUUGACAUGCUCGUCAUCAACAACAUAUCCUUCAAUUUCAUCACCAUGUUUGAAUGGUGGUGUUUUUAUCUACAAUAUUUGUCAUUGUCCAUCUGGUUAUGGUGGAGCAAUCUGCGAAGAUAAAAGCGAUUAUAAUUUAUGUGAAAAAGUUCGAUGUAAAAAUAGUGGUGUUUGUGCUAUCCAAAAUCCAGAUGGACCAUAUGAAGGUGUUUGUCUUUGUCGAUAUGGUACUUGGGGAGAUUAUUGCGAAUUAAAUGGCACUUUGGGUUUUUGUUCGGCAGGCUCAUGUUUAAAUGGAGGAGCUUGUAGAGAAAAUAUUAUUGGUUCAACACGUUUUGCUUAUUGUCAAUGUGCCCCAGGCUACAAGGGUACUAAAUGCGAGACUAAUUAUUUUACUUGUCCCACUGUUGGCAGUUUUGUUGAUGCUGAUAUGCAUGAGCAGGGAAAAUAUUUUGAAUGUAAACUAGUAUCUGCAGUAUUACGCAUCGAACGAAAAUCAUGUCCAAAAGGACUUCGCUACAAUGCAUCUGAAAAACUCUGCAUGUAUUAA